AUGGCAUCAGUUACAGUGGGCACUUGUGUAGCUCUACAGGUUGUUUUGGGUAUUCCACCAUGGGGAACUAUUUUGAUAUAUACUGUUGUGACAGCCAUAUAUACAUCUAUCGGAGGUAUUAAGGCUGUUAUUUGGACGGACGUUUUCCAACUGAUAAUCAUGACCGCUGGAAUGAUUGCUAUUUUAGUGAAAUCAUCUAUAGACGUUGGUGGUUUAGAAAACGUUUAUAAGUUUGCCAAAGAUAGAUUUGAUACAACAGAUUUUAACGCUGAUCCAACUAUAAGAUAUCAAUUCUGGAGCGUGUCUAUUGGAACAAUAACUCAAAUGCUUUAUAUGACUAUGACCCAGCCAUCUAUGCAAAGAAUAUAUUCUGUACGAAAUAUGAACCAGGCACGUGCAUUAUUUGUUAUAGCAACACCAUUUUAUGUUACCAUUACUGUAAUCGGAGUACUCGAAGGUGCAUUCCUGUUUGCUUACUUUUCUGAGAAAGGUUGUGACAUUCUCGAAGCUGGAAUAAUUGACAAUGUCAAUGCUAUCGUACCAUUUGCUGUACUGGAAUUAUUCCGUAACCAACCAGGUUUGGCAGGGUUGUUUACAGCCUGCCUUUCUAGUGCAGGAUUAAGUACCUUGUCGUCGUGUCUAAGUAGUUUAUCUGCUAUUACAUAUGAGGACGUCAUAAAGGUAAAUUUCAGAGAAAUGAAACCUUAUCAAUCAACAAGAAUAGCAAAGGUUUUCGUAUUGUUUUAUGGAUCCAUUGUGAUGGGGCUUUCCUUCUCGAUGUUACACAUUCCGGGUUCCGUAUCAGCUGUCUUUCAGGGUUUUAUGGGCUGUAUGGACGGUCCCGUCUGUGCUCUAUUUCUUUUAUCGCUAAUGUGCCGUAGAGUAACAACAACAGGUAUUUCUAUUGGACUUUUAUGUGGAUGUGCAUUGGUAUUUUGGCUAAUAAUGGGAAGUAAUUUUUCUGACGUUCCGCCGUAUCCAUACCUUGCACAUGGUCCAACUGACGAAUGUUCUGUAUACGGCAACAGUACAGAUGCAAGGAUAGAAAAUACACUGGAAUAUUAUUAUAGUAACGUUUCUACAAUGUCUUUGACUGAUGUUCCGUUUUCAACGGCAUCUGCUUCCUCGCCUGCACCUAUGGAAACUGUUGGUUCUUCAUCACUACUCCAUACAAUAUACAGUAUUACAUAUAUACUGUUUUCUUUCAUUGGCUUCUGUACGACAAUCUGUGUAGGUUUAGCUGCAAGUCUUUGCACUAAGCGGCAAGACACGAUUGAUGAAAGAUGCUUGUUGUCGUUUAGAAAACACGUGCUCAAUAGUUUAUUUACUGGAAGUCAUGCAGGUUGUGAAAAUAAUGGCAAACGUAAAGAUUGUCAUGAAGAUGUGAAUUUUCUCUCAACGGAAACUGAGCUUUGA